AUUUGGUCGUGUGGUCGGCGUUGGGUGAAAGGUUGCGACCGAAAUGAGAGGUGUGAAGAGUAAAAGAAAUCUCGUGUAAAGUUGCGAGCUUUGAAAAAAAAAACAGAUAAAGUUGUGCGUAGGGUUUCGCAGUGGGCCGGAUGGUAAAAUGUCGGACAAUUAGCCCCGAGUGACUAAACCUAUAUUAGCCUAGUGCACUGUGCCCCUCUAUCGUACCUUAGGUAUCUUUGUACCCCUUGAUAUCUUCAACCCCACCAAAAUUCUUCGAACCACUGGAACUUUGCAUGUGCUGUAUUCCGUAAGCAACCUUGAAUGACGGGCAUGAGUCAAUCUCGGCGAAUCUUAAAUGUUAUGAUACUAUUCCAAUUUAUUCUCCAAUAAUAUUCAUAUAUCUUCAUAAAUAAAAUUUACUCCAUCAUUUAUACCAUCGUUGAAAGCCCAAGUACUAUAGAGAAUGCCACCGGCGCUUUGUGCCCUCUGCAAGACAGAGCGAGCCUUGAUCAAGAGGCCAAAAAACUACCAGAAGCUCUGCAAGGGCUGUUUCAUCCGGAUAUUCGAAGAUGAAGUGCAUCACACCAUAACUUCAUCACGGCUUUUCUUUCCGGGAGAAAAAGUUGCCAUCGGUGCAUCAGGUGGCAAGGAUUCAACCGUUUUAGCUUCGGUGCUCAAGACACUGAACGAGAGACAUAACUAUGGAGUUGAAUUAAUACUUCUAAGUAUCGACGAGGGUAUUAAGGGUUACAGGGAUGAUUCCCUCGAAACAGUUAAACGCAACGCGAUACAGUACGACAUGCCGUUGAAAAUAGUAGGCUAUGAUGAACUAUACGGCUGGACCAUGGACCAGGUUGUAGAGACAAUCGGCAAGAAAGGCAAUUGUACUUAUUGUGGCGUCUUCCGACGACAGGCUCUAGAUAGGGGCGCGAAGAUGUUGGGGAUCAAACAUGUCGUCACUGGUCAUAAUGCCGAUGACGUCGCAGAGACCGUUCUUAUGAACCUCCUUCGAGGAGAUCUACCGCGCUUAUCAAGGAGUACGAGCAUUGUCACCGGAAGCGACGCGAGUGAGGUCAAGAGGAGCAAGCCGCUAAAAUACUCAUACGAGAAGGAAAUUGUAUUGUAUGCGCACCACAAAAAGCUUGACUAUUUCAGCACCGAAUGCAUCUACAGUCCGGAAGCCUUCAGGGGAAGUGCUAGGAGUUUGAUCAAGAAUCUAGAGAAAGUCCGUCCCAGUGCCAUAUUGGACGUUGUUCGAAGCGGGGAGGACAUGGCGAGACUGGUACCCGGUGCUACACCAAGUUCUUGUGCUUGUGAUGGGAAAGCUGCACCUAACCGAGCCCCUACUGACGAGGAUAACAUCGGCGGCUGCGGUUCGUCAAAUGGUCGUACAAACGGUGGCGAGAUGGCAGCUAUGGAGAAACAACUCAGAGAAAAUGAAGCCGCCAAGGCCGCUGGACUCGAAACAGAGGUCACGGUUGAAGCCCCCAAGGCACGAUCUCAUGACAGGCCAAACCCAGCCAAUGGCCAACUAAAGACAGCAGGCACCACUCUUCCCAUCAGGUUAAAGCAAAAGCUUGGCACAUGCGAGAAAUGUGGUUAUAUGUCGAGCCAGAAGCUAUGCCAAGCUUGUAUGCUUCUCGAAACCCUGAAUAAGAACCGUCCAGAGAUUACGAUAUAGACAUAAAGUAGGCAGGCGUUCCGGCAUCCCU